AUGAAGGUGGCAGUGGGGCAGCUCUGCUCCUCGUCAAACAUAACCAAGAACCUCCACACCGUCUACAAGCUCCUCAACCACGCCGUCGAACACCACUCGCAGAUCCUAUUCCUCCCCGAAGCAACCGACUACAUCUCCAGAAACGCCCAGCACUCGGCCCAGUUAGCCCAAGAGGUCGAAUCUCAUUUCCUCCGCCCCUUGCUCGCACACAUCAAGCAUCUCAACGCGCAAACCUAUCUAUCCCUCGGCGUCCAUCUACCAAGCACAUCCACCACCACCACCACCGCCUCGGCCCGCGUGCGCAACGUGCACAUCUUGAUUGAUCCCCAGGGUGCCAUCGUAGCUGAGUAUCAGAAACUCCACUUGUUCGACGUGGACGUACCCCAUGGCCCAAUACUCAAGGAAUCCAACUCGGUCGAGCCCGGCCUGCGCAUUGUCCCCCCUAUCCCCAUCCCCAGCUCAAGCGGCGGCGGUGGGUUCAAUUUAGGAUUAUCGAUAUGCUACGACAUUAGAUUUCCCGAGUUGAGCUUGAAGUUGCGCCAAUUGGGCGCGCACAUCUUGACUUUCCCCAGCGCGUUUACAACCAAAACGGGCGAGGCGCACUGGGAGAUCUUGAGCAGGGCGCGGGCGUUGGAUACACAGUGCUUUGUUGUGAAUGCUGCGCAAUGUGGCACGCAUGAUGUUGGAACGAACGAGAAGGGCGAUGCUGUGUUGAGAGUGAGUUACGGCGACUCGAUCGUGGUUGAUCCGUGGGGUAAGGUAUUAGCUAGAGCAAAGAAAUUCGAUGAUGAUGGCGUCGAUGUUGACGGUGACGAUUAUUACGAGAUUAUAUAUGCUGAUUUGGAUCUCGAUGCGUUGGAGACUGUUCGAAAGAACAUGCCGUUGUUGGAUCAUAGGAGAUCUGAAGUUUUCGGAGAGCUAUAG